AUGGUCGGUGGCCGUGGGUGGUCGGGGGGGGGGCAUGGGCAGGGGAGGGGCCUUAUAUGGGGGGGUGUGGGGGGGGUAGAGCGGGGAGGGACGGGUGUGAUACGUGGGGUGGGGGGGGGGGGGGGGUGGGGGGGGUGUGAAGGACCUAACCCUGCGCGGGCGUCGCGGGGGGGGGAGUGGUGGCUUCGUCGUCGGCCUGAACAGGAGGUACAGGGGGAACAGGUAGGUGGUUGCGGGGGCAUGUGGCCACGCAGGGAAGUGCGGGGGGGGGGGGGUUAG